AUGGGGGGUAAAGAGCCGAGACUUAUGAUAACAGACGAGGAUGCUAGUAUGAGGGAGGCUAUGAGAUUUGUUCUUAUAACCACUAUACACAGAUUGUGCAUGUGGCAUAUUAUGAAGAAACUUCCUGAAAAAAUCAGUCCUAGCUUAAGAGAAGACCCUGCGUUUUUUAAGAGGGUGAACUCGUGUGUAUGGGGAUCAGAAACACCUGAAGAAUUUGAGCUGACAUGGAACUCUUUUAUUUCUGAUUUUCAGUUGGAAGACAACGAGUGGUUGGCUACUAGGUAUAAGAUCCGCGAGUCAUGGAUUCCAGCCUACUUCAGGGACAUACACCUAGCAGGGAUUCUUAGAACUACAUCAAGAUCGGAAAGUGCAAAUUCAUUUUUCAACCGUUUUAUUGGUCGCAAGCUUGCAUUUGUCGAGUUUUGGCUUAGAUUUGACACUGCUUUACAAUGUCAACGACAAGAAGAGUUGAUAGCUGACAACACAAGCAUCCAUACAACGCCUCAGAUCAUGACAUCAUGGGAAAUAGAGAAGCAAGGCAGUGAGGUAUUCACACAUGAGGUGUUCGAUAAUUUCCAAAAAGAGGUGCUUGCUGCUAGAGAGCAUUGUGAUGUGCAGGGCACUGAAAUGGUAGACGGGAUGAAAGUAAUGGCGAUCAGCGAUGCCUCUAAUAAGGUUAGAGAAGUACAAUAUGAUACUUCAACCAUGAUAGCUAAAUGUUCUUGCAUCUUAUUUGAGUCUAAAGGAAUCCCAUGUCGCCAUAUCAUACGAUUCUUGCGGGCUGCAAAAGUUGAAAACGUUAAUGAGCAACUGAGCUCCUAUGUCCUAAAAAGAUGGGAGAAAAAUUGCAAAAGGUAUAGUGUAUACGAUAGCGAGGGUAACUUACUUGCAGAGAAGCCCAUUGACCCGGUUGAAGCAGCCAAAAGAAGAAAAAUUUCAGAUGCACGCAACAAGUUCGAAGCAUUGGUUCAAAAAGCUAAGAACUAUGAGGAAGGGAUUGACUUCCUUACAACUAGUUUGCUCAACAUGGAGGAACAUCUAUCUAAGUUGGGGCCUGCUGUUUCAGUUACAAGGCAAGAAGAACAUGAGGCUUUUCUUGGCUGUAGCAUUCCAUCAGAAGUUAGUGUCCUACCACCAACUGACGUCCGUACUAAGGGGAGAUGCAAGAGAAUAAAGGGACAUGGGGACAAGGGGAAAAAGAAUGAAAGUGAGAAACCAAAGGCGAUACGGAAGUGCGGGAAAUGCAAGCAAGCUGGUCAUAAUAGCCGCAAGUGUCUAAACAAAAACCCGCCAACAGAGAUAGCAUAA